AUGUCGCGUGGGCCCAAACUGGAGGUCCAUUUAACGCUAUGGGACGUGUUCUACGAAACGCAUUGGAGGCGGUUCUGGGAAGGGUGUUAUGACUACCUUUGUCAUCUCGUAAUGAGAUGCUAUUGCGGUAACAAAGGGGAGUGCCCAUCUGCUGCGGAUCCUCUCAUUCACUAUUCGAUUCUCAUUACCGGGGAGCCGGGGUGCGGUAAACGGGCCCUUGUUUCUUACUUUGCGCAUCGGAUUCCUCAUCUUAUUGAGGUGUCUCUUGAGUUUGGUCAAGUCCAGAGGACUGUGCACUACGUGGUGGAGCGCCGCUCACUCGAUCUAGCGGAGGUACUUACACAAGAUGAAGAAGAGGGAAUACAAAUCGUGCGGACGGCCCUGCGGCCACCGCUAUACGAUACAAAAGGUACUUUGAAACCUCUACUACUUCUUUGUUUGUACAACUUCGAUUUGCUACUUCAAUCCUCUGGAAACCCUCUGACGGAUCUUCUCAGCUAUGAGUUGAGUGUUUCUCUUGACGAGCUGAAUGCAAGCGAGACGGCUGUCGUGAUAUGGAGCACCUCACAGGACCCAUCGCUUGAGGUGAGGCCGCUAAAUCACCGCCUGUCCUUCAAUCAAAUCUAUCUUACUAAGCCAACUUCUGCUGAGCGAAUGACAUGUCUGCGGAGCAAAUUAGAAUCUUUGAAUGUAUCACAGGCAGGGGACAGCGGCAAGAUACUCCCAAUAUUUAAACAAGACAUGAAUGAAAAGGAAUGGAAUGAGUUGCUGCAAUCACUAAAUGAGACUUUGGCAAGUUUCUCCACACCUGCACUUGUAGCUUUAAAGGUGUCGGACCUUGUAGAACGCCUGCUGGAGAUCUCAUCGGAGAGUGCGCAAGAUGGCAUCAGGGAAGGGAAGAGUUUAAGCUCUUAUAACGGAUUGAUUAACAUGGAUGAUAUCAUAACCAAGUUGGAGGAGCUCGUAGUCUGGCCACUGAUGCACUUAAAGACGCUGCAAGCGUUUCACAUCCCAUGUGCGAAAGGUGUACUUGUGUGUGGACCCAGUGGCAGCGGCAAAACGGUGUUACUUAAUGCGCUGGGCCGUCGUCUUUGUGAUGUUCGGAGUCUUCAUGUGAUGUUCAUCAACGGGCUUUCAUUAAUUGAGAAGGAGGUGGGUAAGUCCGAGAAGAACAUCGCAGCGAUGUUUGCCACCGCCCGCGCACACUCUCCAACGGCUCUUUUCCUUCAUAAUUUAGAUGGUUUGGCACCUCCGCGCUGCCGGCAAUCCAGCGAGACGACGACUGCUACGGAUCGAACGUUAAGUACUCUACUAACGGAGAUGGACGGUGUGGGUGGCGACACGAACUGCGUUGUCAUGAUAAUUGCGUCUACAUCAUCCCUAGAGAGUUUAGACCCGGCUGUACGUCGCCCUGGAAGGCUGGAUGUGCACGUCACGUUAGAUCCUCUUAAUCUGGAGGGGGCUGUAGACGCCAUUGUGAGCCGACUUUCCAGCUUCUGCGCGGAGCUUCGAAGAAAGCAGUUACGCUGUGGUCAUAGUGCGACAUAUAUUAAAGGGGAAACUCAUGGAGACUAUGAUGGUAUUCAUGAUGGACAAUUUGAAGCACGAAUCGAACGGAUAAUUACCCAAAAGUCUCAGAAACUUUUCGAGGCGCGUUCCACCUACAGAGGUGCAGAACUCUCCGUGGCCGUGGUUAUGGCUACAGCAAGGGAAAUCAUGCUAUUUGUCCUGGAGUCACUUGUCACUAGUAUUCCAUUCUUUCAAGAAACGGCGCUACCUAUUCAAAUUGUGGAGGAUAAGCUAGCUGAAUGUAUGGAAGCUGCAUUUGCAAAGCUACUUUCACCAAGCAGAGUCUAA